CGAGGGGGCUGCGGGGAGCCUCGCCCCCAAUUGUGCGGUUUCGGGGCCGCGCAGGCGCACGGAAUCCUAAGUCCGGGGCUUGCGUUUCCGGACGGAGGGCUUCUCCGGCCUCUCCCGGAAGCUGCUCUCGCUACUCGGGUAACGGGUCCCGUCGGUGGCAACGGCCGCGGCGCCGCGAUGGACCUCGAGGAGGCGGAAGAGUUUAAAGAACGCUGUACUCAGUGUGAGGCUGUCUCAUGGGGUCUUACUGAUGAAGGCAAAUAUUACUGCACUUCCUGCCACAAUGUUACAGAGAGAUCUAAGGAAGUUAUAAACACUGAAGUUAUUCCUCAUGCCCAGAUAAAAGCCCUCAACCGGGGACUUAAAAGGAAAAAUAACUCUGAAAAAGGCUGGGAUUGGUAUGUGUGUGAAGGUUUCCAGUACAUUCUUUAUCAACAAGCAGAAGCCUUAAAGAACCUUGGAGUAGGCCCAGAGUUAAAGAAUGAUGUUUUACAUAAUUUUUGGAAGCGCUACCUUCAGAAGAGCAAGCAGGCAUAUUGUAAGAACCCAGUUCAUACCACUGGAAGGAAACCUACGGUAUUAGAAGACAAUCUCAGUCAUUCAGACUGGGCUAGUGAGCCUGAGCUGCUAAGUGAUGUCAACUCUCCUUUUCUUGAAAGUGGAAUGGAAUCUCAGUCUGAUGUCCACACUCGAAAAUCUUUCCCCAUCAGCAAAGCAUCGCAAUCAGAAACAUCUGUCUGCUCUGGAUCUCUGGAUGGAGUUGAAUACUCACAACGAAAGGAGAAAGGAAUCGUGAAGAUGACCAUGCCACAGACACUUGCCUUCUGUUAUCUGUCCCUACUUUGGCAGAGAGAAGCAAUAACGCUUUCAGAUCUUUUGAGAUUUGUUGAAGAAGACCAUAUUCCUUACAUAAAUGCUUUUCAGCAUUUUCCAGAACAGAUGAAAUUAUAUGGGCGUGACAGAGGAAUCUUUGGUACAGAAUCUUGGCCUAACUACGAUGAUAUCUAUAAAAAAACAAUUGAAGUUGCCACAUUUUUAGAUUUGCCUCGUUUUCCAGAGAUAACUGAAGACUGCUAUCUUCAUCCCAACAUAUUGUGUAUGAAAUACUUGAUGGAAGUCAACCUCCCUGAUGAAAUGCAUAGCUUAACUUGCCACGUGGUAAAAAUGACUGGAAUGGGAGAAGUGGAUUUUCUGACAUUUGAUCCUAUAGCUAAAAUGGCAAAAACUGUUAAGUAUGAUGUACAAGCUGUAGCCAUCAUUGUGGUGGUACUGAAACUGCUCUUCCUAUUGGAUGACAAUUUAGAGUGGUCUUUGUCUAAUCUUGCUGAAAAACAUAAUGAAAAGAACAAAAAAGAUAAGCCAUGGUUUGAUUUCAGAAAGUGGUACCAAAUUAUGAAGAAAGCUUUUGAUGAGAAAAAACAAAACUGGGAAGAAGCAAGGGCCAAGUACCUGUGGAAAAGUGAAAAGCCACUCUACUACUCAUAUGUCGACAAACCAGUGGCAUAUAAAAAAAGAGAAAUGGUGGUGAAUUUACAGAAACAGUUUAGUACACUAGUUGAUUCAACACCAACUGCUGGAAAAAAAAGCCCUUCAAGUUUUCAGUUCAACUGGACUGGAGAAGACACUGAGAGAACUUGUUUCCAUGGACACAGCCUCCAGGGAGUCCUGAAAGAGAAAGGCCAAUCACUGCUGACUAAGAAUUCAUUAUAUUGGCUUAGUACACAGAAAUUCUGCAGAUGCUAUUGUACACACGUGACAACCUACGAGGAAUCAAAUUAUUCUCUGAGUUAUCAGUUUAUACUAAAUCUCUUCUCCUUCCUGCUCAGAAUAAAGACUUCCCUUCUCCAUGAAGAAGUGAGCUUAGUUGAAAAGGAACUUUUUAAGAAAAAAUACAGUGUAACAAAAAAGAAAUCAAAAUCCAAGAAAGUGAGACGAUAUUGAGAAAAAUGAAUCUUUUUUGGAAAAAUAUCUUAAUAGUGAUAGUAACAUCAGAUUUUAAUAUAACAUUCCAGAGAAUUAUGGAAAAUACUGCAUAUCUAUGUAUACACUCUGACACAUAUUUACAUAUGUAUCAAGUGUGCUUAGAAAAAUGUAUAUUGUAAAGCAGGUAAGCUUUGUUUGAUUUUAUUUUUCAGAGUAUGAAUAUUCUAAGAGAAAGUUAAAACAAUAAAUUGUACAAUUGUUCUGGAAAUGUGUAUUUGUUGUCUUUUAAAGCUAAAUUUAUUUUUUAAACUAGAUCCCUUCCAUAUGUUUUAUGCCCCAGAGUAAAUCCCAGAUGGAUCAGAGAUCUAAACGUAAUCUUUCAUAUUUAAAAAUAUAAAAGUAUUAGCAGAAAAUAAAUAUGAAUGCUUUGAUGA